AUGGAAGAGAAGUCACGGGAGCGGGGCCGUGUCGGCAGGGCUCAGGCGGAGAGAGGACUUUCACCCGGCGAUUUCGGGGGGAAUCGCGAAUUAGGGCAGAUUGCCACCCGAGAGUUUCCACGGUUUUUGUGGUCAUCGCUGUGUCAGGUUCGCUCUUUUGGGAGCUCCCGUUCAGCUUAUGAUACCAAAACAAGGCAGAAGGUGGCAGUAAAAAAGCUUUCAAGACCUUUUCAAUCACUUAUUCAUGCAAGGAGGACCUACCGAGAGCUGAGGUUGCUUAAGCACAUGAAGCAUGAGAACGUUAUAGGGUUGCUAGAUGUUUUUACACCUGCAACAUCAAUAGCAAAUUUUAAUGAAGUGUAUCUUGUGACAAAUUUAAUGGGUGCUGACCUGAAUAACAUUGUCAAGUGCCAGAAGUUAACGGAUGACCAUAUACAGUUUCUCAUCUAUCAGUUACUUCGAGGUCUUAAGUAUAUUCACUCAGCUGGAAUCAUCCACCGGGACCUGAAGCCCAGUAACCUAGCUGUAAACGAAGACUGUGAACUGAGGAUUUUAGACUUUGGUUUAGCUCGACAGACUGACGAUGAAAUGACUGGAUACGUUGCAACAAGGUGGUACAGAGCUCCGGAAAUUAUGUUGAACUGGAUGCACUACAAUCAAACAGUUGACAUCUGGUCGGUUGGAUGCAUCAUGGCAGAGCUAUUGAAAGGGAAGGCCCUGUUUCCGGGAGAUGAUUAUAUCGAUCAACUAAAGAGAAUAAUGGAAGUUGUGGGCACACCCAGUUCUGAACUCCUGAAGAAGAUAUCCUCGGAACAUGUGAGUUCAUAG